GAAUGGCGGUGCAGAUAAUCUGGAACUUCGGACUCUGAUCGUGGAAUUUUUAGCAGUUUUAUGAGCUGUCCGUCUUUGACUGAAGUCUGCGAGACAAAGAGCACCGCAGGCAGCAGAACUCGUAUUUUUCACAGUUUGCUUCAGGGUCCAGGAUGAGUAAGAAGCUGCUGAUGGAUGUAGACUGUGGAGUGGAUGAUGCUCAGGCCAUCAUGGUGGCACUUGCUGCCCCCAACGUGGAGGUCCUGGGGAUCACCUGCGUGAACGGAAACAGCACCGUGGAGAAUGUGUGCAAGAACACGCUGCGGGUUUUACAAGCCUGCAAUAAACUGGAGAUUCCAGUAUUUAAAGGUGCCGCGAAGCCCAUCCUUGGGAACGGAAUUGAUGGAGGACACUUCCACGGGAAGGACGGGCUGGGAGACGCUCCUGAUCCCAAUGCUCCGAGUCUGGACAUGAUUCAGGAGGAGGACGCCAUAUCAGCUAUGAUCAGGAUUGUCAAUGAGAACCCGGGGGAGGUGUCUCUGGUUGCCACUGCGCCGCUCACCAACCUGGCUCUGGCAGUAAGGUUGGAUCCGUCUCUGCCGAGUAAACUCAGAGGCCUCUACAUCAUGGGAGGAAACACAGAGUCUCGAGGAAACACCACAGUGUGCGGAGAGUUCAACUUUGCGUCCGAUCCAGAGGCGGCGUACAUCGUGCUCAACGACUACCAGUGUCCCACCUACUUGGCCUGUUGGGAGUUUACCUGCUACAGCAAGCUUCCCUGGGAGUUCUGCGACGCCUGGCUGGAUCAGGACACCGAGAAAGCGCGCUUCAUGGCGCAGAUCUUCCAGUACUCCAUGAAGGUGUCACUCAGUGAGUACUUCCAGAAGGUGUUUGUCGCCAGCACAGGAUUCGUUUCCUGCGACUCGUACGCUGUAGCAGCCGCCAUCGACGACUCCUUCAUCAUAGAAAGUGACCACUAUGCGGUUAGCGUGGAGCUGACCGGCACGCACACCAGAGGCAUGAUGGUUGUCGAUACCACAGAGAUCAUGAAGAAGAGCCACAAGGCCGUCAUCAUGAAGAAGGUGGACAUGGAGAAGUUCAAGCAGAUGUUGAUGGCGAGUUUGAAAUGAGAUGACGGCAUUUGCUGUCCUUACCUGUCAUGACUUUUUGUACAUUAGCCAAACCCUGUCCUUUAUCACAUGACGCUAAAACUCUUUAUAGAACUUGCAUGAUGCAGCAAGAAAAACGUUAAUUUUUUAAAGUGUCAAACUGUCGUUCACUACUAUAAUUAAUAUACGAGGGUAGGCUGAAAAGUUCUAAGGCUCACUAUAAUGCAGUUAAUGCAUUACUCCUUCAUGGGGAGCCUUAGAACCUUUCAUCCUACACUCGUAGUAUUACCUCGUUUUUUAAAAAUAAAUCAUCAAUGUGAGAAUCUAUUUUUUUAUAUCUAUUUCAUUAUAUUAAUUUAUUUUUAACUAAUAUUUUGUAUAUCUUUUUUAACAACUCCUGAAAAUAUAAUGCAUUAAUAGUUCUAAACUUUGCAUCUUUUUCUGUACCACUUGUUUUUACCCAGCAUCUUAAAAUCCAAUAAAGAUAUAAGGAUGAAAUUUUG